AAAGUUUAUGUGCCUGCGUUCAAUAUUUGUACAAAGUUGUGACGGAAUGCAAAAGUGUUUUAUUGUAAGCACGUGAAUCGUUAAAUAUUCUUUUGGCCCUUUUUUUCUUUUCCCUUUUCCUUUUUUCUUUCAAUUUUUUUCACUUAUUUAUCUGGUUUUUUGUUUAUUUACCUAUUCUUUUAACUCGGUGGUUUUUUUGCGGUUUCAAAUUUUCCACGUUGAUCGUCGCGAUAUGUUGCGAGAGCUUUCGCGAACGUGAUUGAUAAUCGAUUUGGCGCGAAUCGAAGCUCUGGCCGUCGUAUGCCAGGUGCAGGUAUACGUGUGAUUCAUGCCCGGUAGCCAUGAGCAGCUUAGACUGAUCGCCGCGGUCUCAAAGUUUUUCUGCUAGAACUUGUGGUGCUAUAAUUAGUUAAUUGGUUAAAAAAUCGAUCGUGAUUCGUUGCUGGCGAAUUUUACCAAGCUCAAAAUGUCGUCGGACUGUUGUCGGCGUGAUCUUUGGUGCUGCUGCAACUGCUGCUGGUUUUAGUAUUGUUGUUAUAUUGUUGUUAAAGUUGUGAUAAUUUUCGGAAUUUUUUUCACGUCGCGAAAAAUUCUCGAAAUCGUACGACAAUGUUACCGUAUCAAGCGAUGGCUAUGGAUUACGCUGUUAAUUCGUCGUUCCAGCGUCAUCCUGGGAAUACAGUCAAUAUAAACAUGAACAUGAAUAUGAACAUGAACAUGAAUCCGGCCUUUACUCAUUCGUGGUUCGUACCGGCCGAUCUGUGCGUACCCUUCAAACCGAGCCAACCUUUGCUGGAACCUGGUAUUUUAGAAUUACGCAAAGAGAAAAGUCGAGAUGCGGCGAGAUCACGCCGCGGAAAAGAGAACUACGAAUUUUACGAAUUGGCCAAAAUGUUACCUCUUCCUCCUGCCAUCACGUCGCAACUAGACAAAGCAUCUAUCAUACGGUUAACCAUAUCGUAUUUAAAAUUAAGAGAUUUUUCUGGUCACGGUGAUCCGCCUUGGAACAGAGACGCGCCACCUUUAACUAAAUCCCUCAAAACUAAUCCUUUAAGAGCAAGAUCUCCUACAAGUGUAGCAUUGGAACAAUUCGAACACUUUCAAGGCACUCAUAUUUUACAGUCAUUAGAUGGAUUUGCAUUUGCUCUGGCAGCUGAUGGAAGGUUCCUGUACAUAUCUGAAACAGUAUCCAUAUAUUUAGGUCUUUCACAGGUGGAAUUGACAGGCAGUAGUGUAUUCGAUUACAUUCAUCACGCCGAUCAUGCAGAAGUAGCCGAACAAUUAGGAUUAGGUUUAUCUCAGGGUCAAAGUAUCGCUUCACCUAAUAGCGCUAAUUCGGAAGAGGGUGUUUCCAAUACCGGCACAGCGAACCCUGAUGUUUCAUCUGUGAUGUCAUUAAACAGUACGUCGGCGUUUCGCGGACUAGACAGAUCGUUUUGUGUACGAAUGAAAUCCACUCUGACGAAACGAGGGUGUCAUUUCAAGUCUUCAGGUUACCGAGUAGUUUUAUUGCUAUGCCGAUUAAGGCCCCAGAUGCCGUAUCCGCAUAAUCGUAAGUCAUCUCCUCCGCUUUUGGGAGCGGUCUCAUUAGCCAUAGCUCUACCUCCACCCAGCGUUCAUGAAAUUCGUUUAGAAAGCGAUAUGUUCGUCACGAGGGUAAAUUUUGAUUUUCGAAUAGCUCAUUGCGAACCUAGGGUGUCAGAGUUACUGGAUUAUACCGCGGAAGAAUUAACCGGUAUGAAUAUGUACACCUUAUGUCACGGUGAAGAUGUCCAAAGGCUGCGAAAGUGUCAUUUAGAUUUAAUUAAUAAAGGACAAAUGAUCACCCAUUAUUAUAAAUUAAUGAACAAAAAUGGCGGAUACACGUGGGUGCAGACUUGCGCUACAGUCGUAUGCAGUUCAAAAAACGCCGAAGAACAAAAUAUAAUCUGCGUUAAUUACGUGAUCAGUGGCAAAGAAUACGAACAUAUGGUAAUGGAUUGCUGUCAACUAGAAGAACACUUAGGUCAUAGAACGAUAAAAAGAGAAGAUCUCGGCGGAGGAAAUGAUCCGGAAAAUGGUUCUCCCGAUUCCGAUACAGGAGACGGUAAUCGUGGAAAUUCUUCGGGGAGAAAUCACGAACAUCAUGUAUCACCGACGAAAUUGGAAGACGGUGCGGCUGAAGGAGGUGUCGAUAAUGGAGGAAGAGGUCGCGUUGAUCACGUAACACAAUUACAAAGUACUGUGCCAUCUACUGCUCCUGUUGAAAAUAAUCAUUCUCAGAUAAGCAACAACAUCUUACAUCCAUUGCCGCCGAAGAAACUAGCGGUGGAAAAACCGCCGCCAUCAUCGACCGGAACCGUCAGUGGUGGACGUCGAAUGCACAAACGUAAGUUAACGACGCCAUUGCAUCGCGAAGAAGAAAGCAGUUGUUGCAGUUCAGACGACGAAGAAGCGAGCAACUUGUGUCGCAGCAGCAGUAACAACAACAACAAUAAUUCUAAUAAUAAUAAUAAUAAUAGCAGUAGCAGCCGUAAAAGAUAUCCGGUUUUGAGUCCAGCAUCAUCAUGUAACUCAUCAGCGGGCAUCACGAUAACAGCUAGUCCAAAGCCAGUUCCUCACGAAGAUAGCGACGGUGGUGGCGGCGGAGGUGGCGGUGGUGGAACUUCGGUUAAAGAUUUAGAAAACGCCAUGUCUAAGCAUUUACCGUCGAGCAGUUUGGAUAAAAAUCCGUCUCCGUUGAUCCACCAGACGACCGAUUUCAGUACAGAUACGUUACUGAAACAGCAGCAGCAGCGUAGCACCAUACAAUGGAUCGGCGCUCAUCAUCAUCAUCUGAAUCAGCUAAGUCAUCAGCAUCCGCAACCGUACGGUCCGGCGUCGGCGCUUUUGAAGCAGCUUUAUGCGGCGAAUCGAGAAAGCGUCAUUCGAGCGAACGUACACGCCGCUUCCGGCCUACCCGGCAAUCCCGUCAGGAACGGAUCGUCGCCCGGAAUACCGUACUAUUCGAGCGAGGUGAAUCACGUCGGCCCGCUUCCGACGCCUCCGGGUAGCGAGGGAUCGUUCAGCGAGCAGUUCAGUUUAUCUCAUAGUAACCAAAAAUCCAACGACGCUUUCAACAGUCUGGUCAGCUCGUAUUCGAGCGGCGGUACGUAUUCGGUGGAUUAUCAUACGGCAGCUAUGACGCCUCCGUCCUCGGUCUCUCCGCGAGACAAACACCAACAGCAAAUACAUCAUAAUACGAACGGCAGCUCUUUCGACGGAUCUGUCUACAACGACGUACUCAGGCAUCAGUAUCUUAAUUCUAGUUCGACUGAAAUACCCACUCAACCGUUACCUCUGAAACCUCAGGCGUAUACUCCGAUGCAUCAUAGCGCUCUGGAUGCGUACGCGUCCGCCUCUUCUUUAGAUCAAUCGCAAUUCUAUCAUUCCGCCGGAUUCCAUAUUUAUCACCCUUCCAAUAAAGCAGCCGCCGGCGCUUCUGUAUACUCGGACGGUAUCAAAAAUCCCUCUAAUUGGUACACAACUCCUUCGUAAAGGUUUCCCAAUUUUUUUUUCACGUGUUUAGGUUUAAUUUUUUGCUCAUAUGUAUGACAUUCCUUUUAUACACAUAAGAGUACCUACGAUUGGUCGGUUGAGAUGAAAUAGGUCCAGAUCAUUCCCCUCCACCCCCCCCCAAACCUGAGAUGUUCGAUUGUUACGUUUUAGUAUGUUGUAUUAUUAUGUUUUGUAAUGGAAAAAAUUUCCCCCUCGUGUAUAAUAAUUAUAUAAAUGGUACGAUACUCGAUAUAAAAAAGUGUUGAAAAUGUAUACAAAAAGCUAUUAUUUUGAAUAAAAUGAAUCAUAAUGUACCUAUGUAAAGUAUACGUAUUUAAUUUAAGCUUCGAACAAAAUGUGAUUAUGUGCAAUGUUUUUUCUUCUGUUUAAACGCAUAUUUAACGAGGCCAUCUCUUAUUCAAUUUAAGUAAUAUGUAGUGUAUUUUUGAAAUUUUUUUCUUCUUUUUUCAUUUUUGUUCUUUAAUCUAUUAUAUUAGAUAUUUUCGUAUAGAAAUUUUGAAUUUAUUUUAUUUACAUAUUUUUAUUAUUCGCGUUUUUGUUGUAUUUAUUUAUUUACUUAUUAAUUUUUGUAUGGCAUUUUUUUUUUUGAAAAAAAAAAUAGCGUGACGUAUUGAAAAUAAUUUCGCUAUUUUGUAUGCUUCAAUUUGUUUACAAUACUUUUGGAAAAAUUGAAAAUUUUUUCACGCUCUCUGCGCUUUAGCCAUAGAUUCCACUUGAUAAUGCUCUAAAAUUGAAGUGCAUUUUCCGAACGUCUUGUUGAAAUAUUAAAAAAAAAAUUAUCAUAAUUUAUUCUAUACAAAUAUUUUUUGUUAAUAUAAUUAUUUUUGUUGUUACUGCCAUUAUUGUUUUUGAUUUUUUUUUCAUUUUGUUAUUAUUUUUUUCAAUUUUAUUUAUGACGUUGUUAGUGUGUAUUACUUUAUUUUGUUUGUAAUUACGUUUAACUUUUAUUUCUCUAAUUUUCUGUGAUUUAUUGGACAUUUUUAGAUAGUGUUGAAUUUAUUUCUAAUGAAAUGUGCAAUAAACGGUUAUACAGGCCAAAUGUUAUAAUUUUCAAUUUUUGUACAUUGUAAAUUAUUGUUCAUAAGAAAAUAAAAGCGAAAAGAAUUUA